AUGGAUCAUUAAAAUUUCCCAGACGAGACUUUCAAUUUCGAAAAAGAGUGCUAGGAGUUUAUUGAUUUGAAUUUCGUGCACUCAAUAAAAUUUCAUGAGAUUAUUCCAGGGAUAAGCUCAACCUUAACAAUAUAAACCCUCGAGGAUCAUGUCUUAGAGUUGGAAUGGGACAGCUAUGGAAUAAGAGUACUCACUUCUAAAAAAGCAAAUGGUGAAGAUAUACCACCAUCAGAUAAAAAGUUUGAAGAUCUCUACGGCUUACUGAACACUUAUUCUGAAAAGUACUUGGAGACAUUUCAUAAUCAGUUGAGUAUGAGGCUUAUGAACGAUCUGAAUGGUCUUGAUAGACUAAGAUUCUUCGAAGAUGUUGACAACUUUGUAGAAGACUAAAGCAACGAGGGAAAAGAUACUUAAGAACUAAAUAUUAAGAUUAGUAAAUCUGAAAAUCAAGAAUGA